AUGAUCUUUCAACGGCUUGAUGGUAGCGGCCAGCCUCAUCUUCUGACUCUCGAGAUUGUCAUUGCGCGCAAAUCAUCAAGUCUCACCAGUAUAUCGCGUCGGUUCAUUGUCCUCCCGAGUACAAAGUUUGGGUCGCUUACCGGGAACCAAGAUGGCUUCCAAUCGGUAGUUUUGUGCGUCUUUGCGUGCAGGUUCGCUCCGGCAUCAUCCCGGGACGUGCAAUGCUGGAGGGAGAGGAGGCUUGCUGUACGAACGGACCACGAGGGGAAGACAGGGCGCCAUCAAACCUCGGUAUCCCUACUCUUGCAAGAUUGGAUGGAUUUUGCUCCGAAGUGGGCUGGCCAGUGUAAUUUCGUUGCGUUUGAGAAUGCCUGUCGCGAGUUGCAAGAACUGAUGAAGAUGUUCAGGUACCCGCGCAAAGAUUGGGCGGUAACGAGCGGAAUGGCAAGCAUGGAUGAGCUUGCUAAAACAGCUGUCAGGUCGGGCGAUUGUCAUCUCGUCGCGCAUAUUGCUGCAUGCGGCGAUUUCUCUAUCUCAUUUGCAACUCUGUGGCGCUCGUAUACGUACUUUAUCAUCGUCAUGCCAGAGAUGAUCACACACGAGGAGCGGAACUUGGGGCCUGAUCGUCACCGGAUUCACAGGUUACGACAUCGGUUGACGAAUAUGUGUAUAUCGCGACGAUCUGAAUCGAAUGCGACAAUUGAUCAAUCCCAUGGGAGCGCGGUCUCGUUGGUAAGAUGA